AUGGCAUUUUCCCCAAACUCCUGCCUCCCCAGAUGUCUACUCAUCCUCAUUCUCCUCCAGAUUUCCAAACUGGAUUCAGCUCACUUUGACGUUUUUGGACCUCCGAAGCCCAUCCUGGCUUUGGUGGGUGAAGACGCGGAGCUGCCCUGCCAUCUCUCCCCAAACGUGAGUGCUGAGCGCAUGGAGCUGCGAUGGUUCCGGAAGAAGGUCUCGCCUGCAGUAUUAGUGCACCGUGAUGGACAACAGCAGGACAGAGAGCAGAUGCCAGAGUACCGAGGGCGAGUCACGCUGGUGAAGGACAGCAUCACCCAGGGAAACGUGGCUGUGCGCAUCCACCAAGUCAGGGCCUCCGAUGACGGAGAAUACCGGUGUUUUUUCAGGGAGAAUGAAAGCUAUGAAGAGGCCAAGGUGCAGCUGAAAGUGGCUGCUCUGGGUUCUGAUCCUCACAUCUAUAUGAAAGUUGAAGAAAAUGGCAAGAUCCAACUGGAGUGCUCCUCAGUUGGAUGGUAUCCAGAGCCCCAGGUGCAGUGGAGAACUACCCAGGGAGAGAAAUUGCCAUCCACGACAGAGUCCAGCAGUCCUGAUGAAGAAGGCCUGUUCACUGUGGCAGCUUCACUGAUUAUCAGAGACAACUCCCUGAAGAAUGUAUCCUGCUGUAUCCAGAACCUCCUUCUUGAUCAGGAGAAGGAAGUAGGAAUUUCUAUACCAGCUCCCUUCUUUCCACGGCUGACUCCCUGGGUGGUGGCUGUGGCUGUUAUUCUGAUGGUCCUAGGACUUCUCACUGUUGGGUCUGUAUUUUUCACCUGGAGACUAUACAGUGAACGAUCCAGAGAGAGGAAGAAUGAAUUCAGCUCUAAAGAGAAACUACUGGAAGAGCUCAAAUGGAAAAAGGCUACACUGCAUGCAGUUGAUGUGACUCUGGAUCCAGACACGGCCCAUCCUCAUCUCUUUCUGUAUGAGGAUUCAAAAUCUGUCCGACUGGAAGAGUCACGGCAGAAACUUCCUGAAAAACCAGAGAGAUUUGACUCCUGGCCCUGUGUUUUGGGUCGUGAGGCCUUCACUUCAGGGAGACAUUACUGGGAAGUAGAGGUGGGAGAUAGGACUGACUGGGCAAUUGGAGUGUGUAGGGAAAAUGUGAUGAAGAAAGGAUUCGACCCCAUGACCCCUGAGAAUGGGUUCUGGGCUGUAGAGUUGUAUGGAAAUGGGUACUGGGCCCUCACCCCACUCCGAACACCUCUCCCAUUGGCUGGAGCCCCCCGCCGGGUUGGGAUUUUCUUGGACUAUGACUCAGGAGAAAUCGCCUUCUACAAUAUGUCUGAUGGAUCCCUUAUCUAUACUUUCCCCAAGGUCUCUUUCUCUGGCCCCCUUCGGCCUUUCUUCUGCAUAUGGUCCUGUGGCAAGAAGCCCCUGACCAUUUGCCCAAUCACUGAUGGACCUGAAGGGGUCACAGUAGUUGCUGAUGACCAAGACCUUUCUAAGGGCAUCCAACUGUCCCCUAUUGGGGAGGAUUCUGUAUCUGGGGAUACAGACACCCUCCGUUCUAAAUUGAUCCCUACGCAACCUGGCCAAGGGGCACCUUAA